UGGUUCGUGUUUGCAUCGGUCGCGAUUUCUGAGCUUUUCCUUCAAAGGAAAAUGUACUUUCAUGGUGUUAUCAUCAGUUGCUGUAUUUUGGUUAGCCUGACCAAUUCCAUUCACGUUAAAGGACCGGAAGAUGACGAGUGGGCGGAUGGAUUGUUGCGAAAAAAACGAUCAGUGGACAAAGAUGAGGCGCUUGCCAAAGAUUUCCUCUCGUUCCACAACCUGAGGGCUUCUGAUAUGUGUUACCAAACUAAUAUCGCCGAAUGGAGAUAUGCGUCGGAUAUCACGACGGAAAAUGAACGCCUUAAGCUAGAACACAGUCUAGUGGCUGCCCGAUUCGAAAAAGAAGCCUGGAAAAAUAUCACCAGUUUCAAUUGGGAACUCUUCACUGACCCCGAUUUGAAACGCAAAUUUCGUCUUCUUUCUGUAUUGGGACCAUCUGCGCUUCCUGAAGAAAAACUGACACAGUACCGCAAAUCUAUCGACGGAAUGGAGAAAAUUUACAGCACGGCCAAAAUCUGUUCGUACACCAAUCCGGCUGAUUGUGGUCUCAGCCUGGAUCCUGAUUUAACCGAGAAAAUGCGCUCUAGCCGGAAUUUUGAAGAAUUGAAACAUGUUUGGCAUCAGUGGCAUCAACAGAGUGGCGGGAAAAUGCGCAGUCACUAUGAACGAUUCGUUGAGUUGAGCAAUGAAGCUGCGCGAAUGAACAAUUUCAGUGACACUGGAGCUUACUGGUUACGCAACUACGAGUCUGACACGUUCAAGAAAGAUAUCGAAGGAUUGUGGCAAACUAUAAAACCAUUUUACCUACAGCUGCAUGCGUACGUCCGUGCUAAACUGAGAGCUCAUUAUGGCGAGGACAAGGUCCCCAAGAAUCAACCGAUUCCUGCUCAUUUGCUGGGCAAUAUGUGGGCGCAAGCGUGGGCAAAUAUCAAUGAAUUAGUAAUACCGUACCCUGGCAAAAUGUCGGUAGAUGUCACACCGGAAAUGCUAAAGCAGGGCUAUACUCCGAAGAAAAUGUUUCAAAUGUCUGAGGAUUUCUUUACCUCGUUGGGUUUACUUCCUACUCCUCCAGAGUUCUGGAGUGGAUCUAUCAUCGAGAAACCGACCGACAGAGAAAUCGUUUGCCACGCUUCAGCUUGGGAUUUUUGCAACGGAAAAGAUUUCCGUAUCAAGCAGUGUACUCGGGUCGACAUGGAAGACUUCAUCACUGUCCACCACGAAAUGGGACACAUUCAAUACUUUCUGCAGUACAAACACCAGCCGCUAGUUUAUCGAGAAGGAGCCAAUUCAGGAUUUCACGAAGCGGUUGGCGAUGCACUAGCUCUCUCUGUCCAAACUACCAAACAUCUCAAAGAAAUUGGCUUGCUGGACAAAUCAUCCCCGCAAGAUCAUGAAGCCACCAUUAAUUAUCUGUUGCUGACGGCCUUGGAUAAGAUUGCCUUUUUCCCAUUCGCUUACAUCAUGGAUAAAUGGCGUUGGGACGUGUUUGAUGGGUCCAUUUCAUCAGCGGAUUACAAUUGUCACUGGUGGAAACUACGUGAGGAGUACCAAGGCAUCCGGUCACCAGUGACAAGAUCAGAAGUCGAUUUCGAUCCUGGUGCAAAGUAUCACAUUGCAGCCAACGUCGAAUACAUUCGGUACUUUGUGAGUUUCGUCAUCCAGUUCCAGUUCUAUAAAUCCAUGUGCAUCGCAGCUGGUCAGUAUGAUCCAAAUAAUCCUGCACGACCGCUCCACGAAUGCGAUUUUUACCGAAGUAAAGAGGCGGGAGCUAAAUUAGGAGCCAUGUUGGCUAUGGGAUCGUCGCGACCUUGGCCGGAAGCAAUGCGAGCCCUUACGGGACAAGACCGCAUGGAUGCCAGCGCCUUCCGUGAAUAUUUUAAGCCACUUGAAGAUUGGCUGAUUGCCAAGAACAAAGAACUCGGCGAACCUGUUGGAUGGAGCUCAGAGGGCAUGAAUUGUCAGAAAAAUGCUCCCGAAUCAACAACGCAAGAUCCACCUACAACACAACGGCCUAGCUCCAGUGGUCAAAUUUUGCCUCAUCUUUGGAUUGUAGCUUUCAUUUAUUCUCUUCUUUAUUUUGUUUUCUAAACAGGGAUAGUUGAGUUGUUUUGUUGCCUUUUUCAUCAACAGGUUCAAGACAUAGCUUUCAUCAGAUAGUUUCUGGGUCUUUUUUCUUUUUCAGGAAUGGUUUUUCAAGAGUUAUAAACAGAGACCGUUUUUGUAGCAGAAUUACAACGACGAAUACAGUCUAUAGAACCGGA